GGGAGGAGGCGCUGCGCCCGUGGGUGGCGGCGGAUCGGGGACCUGAGGGCAAGCUGUGGAAUUCUGGAGCCGUGGGCCCGGGGGCUUGGGGGAAGGGCUGGCCGAUAUGUGAAACCACCUGAAGUUGGGGAAAAGGCGGAAAUAUCUAAGAUACCCCAUGUUAGGAGACCGGACCGAUCGGGUACGGGACCCUGAGAGCUGAAGGAAAGAAAGGACCUGGUGCCUUGAGACCAGAAGACUGAUGAACUCCGAGAAAAAUAAAGCAGAAUUAUGUGAAGUAAAAGUGGCUAGAGAAGGCAGGGACAGGGGACGAAUAAAGAGGAAAGUUCUGUUCUGGAACAUCAGUCUUAGAUGGGCCGAAGUGAAAUCAAACCUUGAUAGAGGGGAGAAAUCUGAAGUCGUAAACUCAGGAAAAGACUGAUGUGGAAGGAACCCUAUUUGUUUAUACAAGGUCUGCUUCUCCAAAGCAUGGAUUCACCAUUAUGAAUAGGCUGAGCAUGGAAAAUAGGACAGAACCCAUUACUAAAGACCUGGAUUUCCAACUCCAGGACCCUUUCCUUCUCUACAGAAAUGCCAGAUUGUCCAUUUAUGGAAUUUGGUUUUAUGAUAAGGAAGAAUGCCAAAGAAUUGCAGAGCUUAUGAAAAACCUAACUCAAUAUGAACAGUUGAAAGCCCAUCAAGGAGCAGGAGCAGGAGCAGGAGCAGGAGCAGGAAUCUCCCCAAUGAUCCUCAAUUCAGGAGAGGGAAAGGAAGUAGAUAUCUUACGAAUGCUCACCAAGGCCAAAGAUGAAUACACAAAGUGUAAAACUUGUUCUGAGCCAAAACAGAUAAGCAGUUCAUCUGCCAUCUAUGACAACCCCAAUCUGAUCAAGCCAAUUCCAGUGAAACCCAGAGAAAACCAGCAACAACGCAUACCUCAGCCCAGCCAGACCUUGGACUCUGAACCCCAACACUUAUCCUUGAUGACUCUCUUUGGGAAGCAGGACAAAGCUACAUGUCGGGAAAUUGUGGAGCCUCCACAGAUCUUCCACCACCAGCAGCAGCAGCAGCAGCAAGAGAAACUUCCAGUUAGGCAGGGGGUUGUACGGUCCCUGUCCUAUGAGGAACCCAAACGACACUCUCCCCUGCUGGAGAAGCAGCUCUGUCCGGCCAUUCAGAAACUCAUGGUCAGGAGUGCAGACCUCCACCCAUUGUCAGAGCUGCCCGAAAACCGGCCCUGUGAAAAUGGCAGUCCCCAUUCUGCCGGGGAAGUUUUUACUGGACUUGUCCAGCCAGCAUGUUUCCGUAACAUUGGGACUUCUCAUCGUGCACAAAGUGCUUCCAAAAGUCAGAGCCUGUUAGAGAAACUUCGGAGUGCCCCAGUGGCAGGGAUGAAGUACAUCAUCAGUACGCCAGGACCUACCAGUUCAGCUGCCCCACACUUCAGCAGAACUCUCACUGCUGCUGCCCCUGCGGCUCCAGGAAAGGCUUUGGCUCAGCCUCCGCUGGCGUACUUCAAUGGCUCCCUUCCACCUGAGACACUAGGACCUCAGGCUCCUGGGAAAGAACAAUCCAUACUCCCAAGACCAACACUUCCCCUGUCCUGCAAUCAAACGAGCAGUUGUGGAGUGGUCUCCCCUCAAGAGUUACUGAGAAAGCUCCAGAUCGUGCAGCAGGAGCAGCAGCUGCAUGCAGCCAGCCGCCCAGCGUUGGCAGCUAAGUUUCCUGUGGUAACUCAGAGCUCUAGGACGGCGAAACCCUCGGAAUCCUGGAUGGACAAGACAUCCAGCACUGAAAGGCAGGCUCCUAUUUUCCGGCAGGUCAUGUCACCUGAGCGCAUCCCUGCUACAGUGACUGCUUCUCUGCUCAUGUCCCCCAUGGUGUUCACGCAGUCCACCUUGGCCCCAUCAAAGGAGAGGGACAGUGGGCUCUUGCCCUUGGGAAGCCAAGAACCAGCUGCUGCCUCCACCAGCCUCUUCCUGCCUCUGAAGAACCCAGAGCCUUCUGCAAUCACCAGCAACCCUCUUACCAAGCUGCAACUUCAGGAAGCACUGCUGUACCUCAUCCAGAACGAUGACAACUUCUUAAACAUAAUCUAUGAAGCUUAUCUCUUCAGCAUGACACAAGCAGCCAUGAAAAAGACUAUGUGAAAGCAAAACACUUUUAAGUGAUUUUCGAGGUCCUUCAGGAACUCAGCCUAAGGUUCUUCAAUGUCAAGUGGUGUUACCUUAAAUUUUUUUUUAAAUAAUUAUGUAUAAUAUGAAAUAAAAUGUUUUAGACUUUUUUUG